CUGACAGAAGCCCCUCGCGGACGUGCAGGCAGGAUGAUAGCCGCUCAGCUUCUGGCCUACUACUUCACGGAGCUGAAAGAUGAUCAGCUGAAAAAGAUUGACAAGUACCUGUACUCCAUGCGUUUCUCCGAUGACACGCUGAAGGACAUCAUGAAACGCUUCCAGAGGCAAAUGGAGAGCGGACUGGGCCGCGACACCAACGCCACGGCCACCGUGAAGAUGCUGCCCACCUUUGUCAGGUCCAUCCCUGAUGGGUCAGUUGCAGACGAAAGCAUAGAAAGGCAGGAGGCUCUUAAUCUCUUCGGCCAUGUUGCUGAUUGCCUCGGAGACUUCAUGGAGAAACAGAAAAUUAAGGACAAAAAGCUUCCGGUGGGCUUCACCUUCUCCUUCCCCUGUGCUCAAACCAAGCUGGAUGAGGCCGUCUUGCUUACCUGGACUAAGAAGUUUAAAGCCAGUGCAGUGGAGGGCAUGGAUGUCGUCAAGCUCCUGAACAAGGCCAUCAAGAAACGAGGGGACUACGAGGCCGACAUCAUGGCGGUGGUGAACGACACGGUGGGCACGAUGAUGACCUGCGGAUUCGACGACCAGCGCUGCGAAGUGGGAAUCAUCAUAGAGCUGCGCCACAUCGACCUGGUGGAGGGCGACGAAGGCCGCAUGUGCAUCAACACGGAGUGGGGCGCCUUUGGGGACGACGGCUCCCUGGAGGACAUCCGCACGGAGUUUGACCGGGAGAUUGACCGAGGUUCCAUCAACCCUGGAAAGCAACUGUUUGAAAAGAUGGCCAGCGGGAUGUACAUCGGAGAGCUGGUUCGACUCAUUCUGGUGAAGAUGGCCAAAGAGGGGCUGCUCUUUGAGGGCCGCAUAACGCCCGAGCUCCUAACCAAAGGGAAGAUUGAGACAAAACACGUGUCCGCCAUUGAAAAGACUAAAGAGGGUCUGAAGAAAUGCAUGGAGAUCCUGACGCGGCUGGGCGUGGAGCCCUCGGACGAGGACUGCCUGGCGGUGCAGCACGUGUGCACCAUCGUCUCCUUCCGCUCGGCGAACCUCAUCUCUUCCACGCUGGGAGCCAUCCUCUCCCGCCUGAAGGAAAACAAAGGCGUGGCGCGACUUCGCACCACCGUGGGUAUCGAUGGCUCUCUCUACAAGAUGCACCCCCAGUACGCCCGACGUCUCCACAAGACCGUGCGCCGCCUGGUCCCGGACUCUGACGUGCGCUUCCUGCUAUCCGAAAGCGGGAGCGCCAAGGGCGCGGCCAUGGUGACGGCGGUGGCCUACCGCCUGACCGAGCAGGCCCGGCAGAUCCAGGAGACCCUGGCCGAAUUCAGGCUGAGCAAAAGCCAACUGCUGGAGGUGAAGAAGCGCAUGCGAGUGGAAAUCGAACGAGGCCUGAAGAAGGACAGCCACCAGGAGGCUACCAGCCUUCGCUGUCUCAGUCAGAGGGCACAGAGACCCUUUGAAAAUGGAGAUUUCCUGGCUUUGGACCUUGGAGGGACAAACUUCCGUGUCCUCCUGGUGAAGAUCCGCAGUGGGAAGAAGCGAUCGGUCGAGAUGCAUAACAAAAUCUAUGCCAUACCCAUAGAAGUUAUGCAGGGCACAGGAGAAGAGCUUUUCGACCACAUUGUGCACUGCAUCUCUGACUUUCUGGACUACAUGGGGAUGAAAAGUGCUCGGCUGCCGCUGGGCUUCACCUUCUCUUUCCCCUGCCAUCAGACCAGCCUGGAUGCCGGUAUCCUGGUAACCUGGACAAAAGGCUUCAAGGCGACAGACUGUGAGGGGGAAGAUGUAGUGGAGCUUCUUCGGGACGCAAUCAAAAGAAAAGAGGAGUUUGAGCUGGACGUGGUCGCCAUCGUGAACGACACGGUGGGCACCAUGAUGACCUGCGCCUAUGAGGAACCCACCUGCGAGGUGGGGCUGAUCGCGGGGACGGGCAGCAACGCCUGCUACAUGGAGGAGAUGAGGAACAUCGAGAUAGUCGGGGGAACUGAGGGCCGCAUGUGCGUCAACAUGGAGUGGGGGGCGUUUGGGGAUAAUGGCUGUCUGGACGACAUCAGGACCAAGUAUGACCAGGCUGUGGAUGAGAACUCACUCAAUGAGGGGAAACAAAGAUACGAGAAGAUGUGCAGUGGAAUGUACCUUGGCGAAAUCGUUCGGCAGAUCUUAAUCGAUCUGACCAAGCGUGGCUUCCUCUUCCGAGGGCAAAUCUCCGAAACUCUCAAGACCAGGGGCAUCUUUGAGACAAAGUUCCUGUCGCAGAUAGAGAGCGAUCGCCUGGCGCUGCUGCAGGUCCGGGCCAUCCUGCAGCAGCUGGGGCUGGACAGCACCUGCGACGACAGCAUCAUCGUGAAGGAGGUGUGCGGCACCGUGUCCCGCCGGGCCGCCCAGAUCUGCGGCGCCGGGAUGGCGGCGGUGGUGGACAAGAUCCGCGAGAACCGGCAGCUGGAGCACCUGGACAUCACUGUGGGCGUGGACGGCACGCUCUACAAGCUGCACCCACACUUCUCGCCGAUCUUCCAUCAGACGGUGAAAGAACUGGCCCCCAAGUGCGACGUCACCUUCCUCCUGUCCGAGGACGGCAGCGGGAAGGGGGCCGCCCUCAUCACGGCGGUGGGCUGCCGCCAGAGGGAGCUGGACGCCCAGCAGCAGUGA